CGUAUCCUUGUUCUCGUGAUGGCGUUAAGUUUGCCACCCGUAAGUCCGCCGCCAUCUCCGCCGGAGGGGUGUCGUCUCGGUGGGGGGAGCAGCAUCCGUGGACCGCGCUCCGUCUCCUGGUCACUCCCCAGCCCACAUUCUGCCCGCACUUCCAUCUCACUCCCCGCUAUUCGGAUUGAACACGUGGACCAAUACCACCACAGCCAUCAGAGUAGCGAACGUUUAGCGGAUGAGGACCCCAACUCUCCCGAGUUUCUGGACUGGCGUCGCCUUCACCUGAGCAGGGCGAAAUUGUCGGGAAUUACAGAGAUGGCCGCAUUGAUGGCGGGAUUCUCCGUGGUGGCCACGGUUGAGCUCCAGAUUAACGAGGAUGCUCAUCCCUACAUGCUGACCGCCUUCACCGUCACGACCGCUCUGCUCGUCUGUACCACAAUGCUGGCCAUCAUGAUCUCCACUUGUAUCCUACCGCACGUCACUGUGGUCGCCAAGAUGCAUCCGCACAGCAAACCCCACGAGAGUCCGCAUGACGCCAUGAUGUGGUAUAUCGACCUCUCCUGGGUCUUGGCCAACUCGACGUCCAUCUUCCUCUUCACGCUGGACGUGAUUCUGCUCUGCUGGGUCAAGUUCACCCACUUUUCGGAGGCCGCUUCCAUCGCCGCGACCGUCAUCAUGAUUCCCGUCCUCGUGGCCACGUGCAUUUUUGGAAUCCUCUUUUACCGGAAUAUCGUCAAGCACCAGUUUCUCCUCAGCGAGUCCAAGGUCGAAGAGCUCGAGGAGUUCAAACGACAAAUCGACCAGGUGUCCAGCCUCGUCGGCAGAAAUAAUGUCAUCCAAGUUUAAAUUAGGAAGUGUUUUAAAAUUACCAGGAAAUUUUCCAUAUGCAAAUUAAAUUAAAUUAUUCCCACGACAUA